CCUCGCUCUGAAAACAUAAACUCGUGCUUGGAUGCAUUUUGCGAAUAACUGAAUAUUUGCUCCAUCUUUGGCAAACGUGAACUUUUGUGCAAGAUGCAAAAGAGAAUCAGACGAAUAUUUACCUGUGCAAAAGAGAAAGCAAGUGUUAGCUAUGCGAAAUUCGCCACGAAUGGAGGUUUCUGUGAUAUUGAUUUUAUAAUUGUCAAAGCAACUUCUCCUGAUGAUCUACCGUUGCUGGACAGAUAUGUUCUUGAACUGCUAAAAAUAUUUUCAAUUUCACCAUCAUCCUGUCAGGCAUUUUUAUUAAGUUUUACUCGACGUUUUGGCAAGACGGAAUCAUGGAGAGUUGCACUGAAAUGUCUCGUUCUCCUCCACCGGCUUCUCCGAUCAGUGCCUGAUGGAAGCCCCUUUCGUGCAGAUCUCUUAUGGGCUCGAGCCAACGGGUUAUUGUCUCUCAACCCGUGUCAUUUUCGCGACAGGUCUUCAUCGUCUUCUGAGGAUUAUACGGCAUUCAUACAAUCAUAUGCUCAUCUACUCGAUGAAGCCCUGAAUUGCGUGUCCAUUGAAAGUCAAGAAAAAGACAAACAAGAAUACGAAAGCUUUCAAGAAAAAAUGGAGGAGUUGGGAAGAAUGGUAGAGAUAUUACCUCAACUCCAAACCUUAAUAGACCGAGUCAUCAGUUGCUGGCCUACUGGUUCAGCAGCUAGAAGCUUCAUUGUCCGAUCCACAAUGAAAUAUGUUAUUCGAGAUAGUUUCAUCUGCUACACCACUUACAGGAAGGAGAUUGUUAAAGUCUUAGACAACCUAAUUCAGUUGCCUUAUCGAAAUUCCAUGGCUGCUUUUAGCAUCUACAAGAAGGCAGCCAUUCAAGCAGACCAACUCUGCAAAUUUUACGAUUGGUGCAGGUCUAUGGGAUUCUGUGGCUUUUAUGAAUAUCCCUUUGUUGAUCGGAUUCCGGAAAUACAGAUUCGUGCACUUGAAACCUUUCUUGAUGGGAUGUGGCAACUGACUGAUCAAUCCUCUUCAUCAACUGAAUCCACAUUGGCAUCUACCUCAAUGUCCCCAACUUUAACAGAGGAUGACAGUGACAAACAACUAGUUACACGGCCAGAGAGUGGCGCCUUUUCUAUCUCCGCCAAGGUUGAAGAGAAGGUCGCUGUGGAGGAGAAGACGAAAGGCGUAGAAAUGGAGCCUCUGAUACAGUGGACAGUAGAUGACAAUGUUGAUUGGGAGGAUCUUUUAGAAGCCUCCAUUAAUGCUAGCCAAUCCAUAACUUCAAGAAACUGUUACUUCCAUCCUUAUGGCUAUGCACAGGGAAAUUACUUAGCUGAUGGAUUUGUUGGCCAACCAAAUGGUUGGCAAAUGCAAGUAUACAUUUCAAAUCCUUUUUACGAGCCAGGCAGAACAACCACCACUGCCCAUGGAUCGUACCCUAGUAACCCCAUGUACCCAUGGGGUCUUUAA